UAUUCUUUAGAAGCUAGUUCAAGCUCCAUUACUGGAGGCUCCAAAUAUGUACUAUGGAAAAUGGUAAUAAGCGGUCAUGGAUCAUUAUUGGCGGGCGGUCCAUAUUGUUGAAGCUAUACAAAAGUAAUUAAUAGUUUAGAUUAUUGUUAAUGUCAAUGAAGACUCCACUUACAAUAUAAAACAGCUGGGAAGCGAUCUAGCUGAGAUAAUAAUCAAAGUGAAGCUUAUAAUAUGGGAUGAAGCUCCGAUGACACGCAAACAUUGCUUUGAAGCUGUUGCCAGGACAUUAAAGGAUUUGCUCAGAUUUCGUGAUAGCUUGAAGCUUCCAUUUGGAGGGAAAGUUGUUUUUGUGGUGAUUUCAGACAAAUACUUCCCAUCAUAUAUUUGGAGACAUUGUCACAUUCUCACUUUGACAAAAAACAUGAGACUGCAAUGUGGUUCUCCGCAUUGUAAUGUUGACGAAUUGAAAAGUUUCUCAGAUUUGAUGCUCAAAGUAGGAGAUGGAAACGUUGGGGACGUCAGAGAUGGAGAUGUGUUCAUUGAUAUACCUGAUGAUAUGCUUAUUACCACUUCAAGUGAUCCUAUCGCUUCAAUUGUUGCUAGCACUUAUCCUUCAUUUCUGGAGAAUAUAGCGGAUCCAACAUAUUUUCAGGAAAGAGCUAUUUUGACACCAACAAAUGAUGUUGUAGAGUUUAUCAAUAAUUAUAUGAUUUCAUUGAUGCCUGGAGAAACAAGGACAUGUUUGAGUUUUGACAGCCCAUGUUCACCUAAAGGCUCAACCAAUGGCGUCAAAUUCGAUGGAGUGCAUACUCAAGAGUUUUUUAACACCAUCAAUGGAUCAAGGAUCCUGAACCAUAAAUUGGGACUAAAGGUUGGUGUGCCUAUUAUGUUAAUGAGAAACAUUGAUCAGUCCCCUGGCUUAUGUAAUGGAACACGCCUGAUCAUUACUCGGUUGGGUAAAUUUGUUUUAGAGGCGAAGGUUAUAUCUGGCAAAAGUAUUGACCAAAAGGUUUUGAUUCCGCGACUAUCAUUGAUCCCGUCGGAUAGCAGAAUUCCUUUCAAAUUUUAACGCAUGCAAUUCCCAAUUGUCGUUUCAUUUGCCAUGACGAUAAACAAAAGUCAAGGACAAUCUCUACAUCAAGAGAGCAUAUAUCUCCCAAAACCUAUGUUUACGCAUGGUCAAUUAUACGUUGCCAUGUCAAGGGUUACCUCAAGGAAUAGGUUGAAGAUUCUCAUAUUGGAUGACGAAGGUUGUGCUAUCAACACCACCAAAAAUGUAGUCUAUAAAGAAGUUUUCCGAAAUUUGUGAAUCUUUUUUUACAUUGUCAACAUAUAUGAUUGUUUUAUUUUAUAUAAUUUCACGAUACCCACCAAUAAUUGUAGUAUCAACUUAUUCUUUGUCACACAAAGCUAAUUGUUUUUUCACGUAGAGCUUGGUUACACAUUAUUGUUUAUUUUAUUUUAUUAUAUAUCGUAAUUUUCAUACGAUUUAAAUUUUCCUGCAACUAUUACAACGUAUAUAAUCAAAC